AUGCAUGCCAGGACGAUGGCUCUCGACGAGGAUCAGCGGAAAGUCGUCGUUUUUCAGGGAAAUUACAAUGGUUCUGAGAAGCAGCCGAGCCAGUUUCCAGGAUUCUACGAUCUCCCUGCAGGCUAUGUUGAAAAUGAGGAGGGAAAUGGCGAGCUUUCCUGGUUCAAUGCUGGAGUGAGGGUUGGUGUGGGACUUGGACUUGGAAUGUGCAUUGGAGUGGGUAUCGGUGUUGGCCUUCUAAUCAAGACUUACCAGACAACUGCACGGUCGUUUCGUAGAACCCUCUUUUAG